AGCGCCGCGCAGCGCCGGGCGCAACGCAGCGGGCAGCGCCGGGCCAUGGGGCGCCGGCUCCGCGGGGCCGCGGCCGGCCGCUCCGGCUAGCGCGCGGCGAUGCGCGGGGGCAGGUAGGACCCGCUCGCUGCAGCGCGGUGGCGCCGGGGCCGCGAAGACGCCGGGAGAGGAGCCGCGCCGGGCUGCGCCCUUCCCCACGCGCGAGGCGAGGACGGCGGCGCUGCGCGGCGCGGCGCGCAGGGCCAUGUCUCCGCGGUAGCAGCCAAAGCCCCUCUGACCGCUGCCGGGUCUCCGAUGUUGUUGUUUUUUUCCUCCUCUGAUUUCUCUUCGGGAAAAGCAGAUGCACUUUGACUCCUGACUGCUCUACCUCAGACCUGAGAAAAACUCAUCACGCUCGCUUUUCGGCGUUUUUUUUAAAUUAUUCUUUUUAAUUUUUAUGAGCGCUGGUCUUUAUAGUCGUUGUUGUUUUAUUGUUCCUAUUAUUAUUAUUAUUAUUGCUGUCGUUGUUGCUAGCGGCCAGGAUUCUGCUGCUGUGCUGGAGCGCUGGUCUCCGCGGGCAGGGGGUGGUUUCUCCUGUGUGUCCCUCCUAGGACCCUCCAACGAAGAUCUCUCUUCCUCCCUUUCUUUUUCUCCUCCUCCGCUUCUCCGAGGCUUUUAAAACAAACACACAAAAAGCAAACCUACGCCGGUGUUGUCGUCUUUUUUUAACGUUUUUUUGUUUUUAUUUUGCUUGACAUCUGGGAAACCAAUACCCCCACUCAGAAAUAACCAAAGACAAUGGUUCACUGUGCGGGCUGCAAAAGGCCAAUCUUGGACCGGUUUCUGUUGAACGUGCUGGACAGGGCUUGGCACGUGAAGUGUGUCCAGUGCUGCGAAUGUAAAUGCAAUCUGACGGAGAAAUGCUUUUCGCGAGAAGGCAAGCUUUACUGCAAAAACGACUUCUUUCGGUGUUUCGGGACCAAGUGCGCGGGCUGCGCGCAGGGCAUCUCCCCCAGCGACCUGGUGCGCCGGGCGCGCAGCAAAGUGUUCCACUUGAACUGUUUCACGUGCAUGAUGUGCAACAAGCAGCUCUCCACCGGCGAGGAGCUCUACAUCAUCGACGAGAACAAGUUCGUCUGCAAGGAGGAUUACCUGAGCAACAGCAAUACCGCCAAAGAGAACAGCCUGCAUUCAGACCCCUCCCAGGACGACGCCAAGGACUCGGAGAGCGCCAACGUCUCCGACAAGGAGACGGGCAGCAACGAGAACGACGACCAGAACCUGGGCGCCAAGCGCCGCGGGCCGCGCACCACCAUCAAGGCCAAGCAGCUGGAGACGCUCAAGGCCGCCUUCGCCGCCACCCCCAAGCCCACGCGGCACAUCCGCGAGCAGCUGGCGCAGGAGACCGGCCUCAACAUGCGCGUCAUCCAGGUCUGGUUCCAGAACCGGCGCUCCAAGGAGCGGCGCAUGAAGCAGCUGAGCGCGCUGGGCGCCCGCCGGCACGCCUUCUUCCGCAGCCCGCGCAGGAUGAGGCCGCUCGUGGACCGCCUGGAGCCCGGGGAGCUCAUCCCCAACGGGCCCUUCUCCUUCUACGGAGACUAUCAGAGCGAGUAUUACGGCCCCGGGAGCAAUUACGACUUCUUCCCGCAAGGACCGCCCUCGUCGCAAGCGCAGACGCCGGUGGACCUGCCCUUCGUGCCCUCCUCGGGGCCGUCCGGCACCCCGCUGGGGGCCAUGGAGCACCCCCUGCCCGGCCACCACCCCUCCAGCGAGGCUCAGCGCUUCACCGACAUCAUGUCGCACCCGCCGGGAGACUCGCCCAGCCCCGAGCCCAGCCUGCCCGGCUCCUUGCACUCCAUGUCCGCCGAGGUUUUUGGCCCCAGUCCUCCCUUUUCGUCGAUAUCCGUCAACGGUGGUGCUAACUACGGCAAUCACUUGUCCCAUCCACCAGAAAUGAACGAAGCGGCUGUGUGGUAGCUUUAAAACAAACUGGGUCUAAGUAAGUGAUGAUCAUCUAGUCUGCUUAUUGUUACGGUGUACAGAAACGAGUAAACAUAACACCUCUCCCGCCCUAAGACACUGUUACCUUGGGACCGAGCUGAGCCAAGCCGCUCCAAGGAAGCUUUGCUAGAGACCAGGACAAUCGUCACGUUGUGGUUGUAACAGACACACGGACAAGGGGACUUCUUGUGCCAUUGACAAAGGAACUGGGGAAGCUGUACAGUAACGUGCUGCCUGCCGUAGGAUGGCCCGAGCGUGAGUGCCCUGGCGGAUGUCAUCCCAAGAGCCACAAUCCUUAGGAACUUCUCACUUAAGCGUAUAGUCAUUGGAGGAAGGAAAGGUCAAGGAAAAGGGGGAAAAAGCGUCAAGAACUCUAGCGUUCCCGGUUAAGGAUGGUUCUGGCAUUAGGAAUCUGUUUGUUAAUUUUUGUCUCUCAGAAAGUUCAACAAGAAGAAACUCUUUUUAGCUUCAGCCAUUUCAGCCUGCUGAAUACCAGGUGGGACAACUUUCUUUUUCCUUUUUUUUUGUUUUUUUUUGUUUUCCAAAAUAGCAAAUACUAAAUGUUAAGCCCUCAGCACCAACUCUUCUACCUUCACAAAGCUACACAUACAAAACCUCCUCAUCCUAGCAAAGGUCGCCAACCAGACCUCUAACGAAAGUGACUUGAAAAAACAAACAAACAAAAAGUAUUCUACCUUCACAAAGAGAGAGAAAAGCUAAACAAAAAGACUCUAUUGAACUAAAAACAGUCAACUGUUUACGUCUAAUGUUAAAUUCAGGAGUUCAAUGUUUUACUAAUAAAUCCUGUUUUAGAACCUCUUGUUCAAAAGCAAAAUAUUUUGAGCAACCAACCAAAAUAGUUCCUUUUCUUUUCUGUAGAUGUUAUAACAGAUUGCAGGGCUUGUGGUUCACUGUGCUAGUUUGUAAAAGGUGUUGUUUACAGAAGGCAAAGAAAAAACCCACGAAACCCAGACAGUUGCCAAAUAAAGUAAAUAUAUAGCACAAAUACUGUAAGGUGCUUCGCACCAGCAACCCGAGAAAGUGUUUAAAAAGUGUUACAAGGUUAAAAAAACAGACAGACAUCUUUGCUAAUUUUUAGUCCUGUUGAACAUUCAUGGAAUUGUUAAUAUGACUUAUAUAGACCCACACAGGUUUUAUUUUUGUGUCUUUAAAAUAAAAGUCCAAAAUAUUUAAAUUUUAUGGUCAAAUAUGCAGUCAACAGCUGCUACUUUUUUCUUUAUAUAUUAAAUUUCUCAUAUGUCUUUUAUUGUUCUAAUAAACCUAAGCUUGUGUGACCUCCAGUGCAUAUUAGACCAUUCACUGUAUGAAAGAAAACAUGUUGGAUAAAAUUUGUGCAUUUUUAAUAAAAUUAGAAAAUCUGA